AUGGGACAGGUCCAGCGUAGGAAGCGCACGCACCACGGACGUCGCGACGUUUCGCGUGCUGCGCGUACGCGUGCUCGUAACCUCGACCAGGACCAGCGCCACGAAAACGCGACGGUGUCCGCCAAGCGCCAGCAGCUCGAGGCGCCGACCGAGCUGAACCCGGACGUCGCGGGUCUGGGCAUGUUUUACUGUGUCGAGUGCGACAGGCACUUUCCCAACAACAACGACCGCGAGGCGCAUCUCGCAAGCAAGCUGCACAAGCGCAUCGCAAAGAAGGUGCUGAACGAGAAGCCGUACACCCACGAAGAGGCCAUGCGUGGCGCGGGUAUCGGCGUCGAGAACAAGCGGCGCGAUACGCAGGAGGUGGAGCUGGACAUUUAG